AUGGACUUUGUCGAACGGAUCAUAGGAAGAGAGACGGUAUUCGCGUUCAAGCUUGCCUUCACAGUUGGUUCCACCGUCCUCGGCUACACCCAGAGUUCGAUUUGGGUCAUGCUCCAUGGCUACGCUGAGCAGACCUGCCUCUCUACCGUCCAUGUCACCGAUAGCGACCCCCUCUACCGCAAUGUCGUCAAGUGGAUGGAGGAACACGUCUUCAAGCAUCGCAGCUUCCGGUCCGUCAAGGCUGUGACUGAUGGUCAGUCGUCUGACGGAUCUUCCUCCCGCAGCCACCGCCGCCAAAUGAUGAUAGAUCGAUGGUUGGGGAGUCCUCCCAAAAGCCAAGCUUGGCCACUCGAUCGCCCGUCCAUCAAGCUCAAGCCCUACACUGGAUCGCUCUUCUUCACCUUCAAUGGAAAGUGGAUAUACUUCACCCAUUCGACCAAGACCGGGGUGGAUCGUUCGGAAACGCUUGACAGAAGACACCUCACCCUCCAGACAUUCGGCCUCUCCCAUCACUACCUCCAUCUUUUCCUUGAAGAAGCUACCUCGUACUGCCGCAAGGUUAAAAAAAACAAGGUCAGCGUCUACCGUCCAGGUAGCGGUAUCGACAGAUGCCAGUGGGAACCAAUCGCCACGCGUCCGGCCAGGUCAAUUUCGACGGUUAUCUUGGAUAGCAGCAAGAAGGAAGCUGUGUUGGCAGAUAUGAAAGAGUACCUUGAUCCCGAAAUCAGACAGUGGUAUACCAACCACGGCAUUCCCUACCGUCGCGGAUACUUGUUCUCUGGCCCACCCGGCACCGGCAAAACCAGCCUGUCGUCUGCCCUUGCUGGUGUGUUCGGCCUCGACAUCUACAUCUUCAGCCUCGGGAACCAGAUGAUUGGGGAAUCGGAGUUUGAAACCCUAUUCUCCCAUAUUCCCGCCGCGUCUAUAGUGCUCUUAGAGGACAUCGAUGUGGCGGGGAUGGCCCUGCGCAGGGAUGGCCUGCAGCCUGCAACAUCUGGCCCCCCUACCGGUACAGCCGCCGAAGAUGGGUAUUUCGAAAGGGCUGCUAGAGGCGCAAUUCGCUACCCGCCAAUCUCACUUUCAACACUGCUUAACGCAAUUGACGGCGUGUCUUCGCAGGAGGGCCGCAUCCUGAUCAUGACUACCAACGCCCCGCAAGACCUCGAUCCCGCCCUCAUCCGCCCGGGUCGUGUCGAUAUGCACGUCCAGUUUGAUCUCCCGUCCCGCGCCGAGUUCCGCGAACUGUUCUGCGCCAUGUUCACCGAUGUUCUGUCCAAGGAGGCGAUUAUCAACACGGGGAAUGAAUCGUGUGAUGCCGAGAGUGGAAAGGUGGAAACGGAGGAAUUCAAGCCUGCAGACUUGGAAUCCCUUGCAACUUUGUUCGCAAAGGCUCUACCAGAGGGCAAAUUCUCCCUCGCGGAUAUCCAGGGCUUCCUGCUGCGCCACAAGCGUCAGCCCUCGGAGGCUUGUGUUAAAGUGGCUGCUUGGGUGGAGGAGCAUUUGGGGUAA